CUUCUCCAUCGUUGUAACGAGGGAAGUGAUGAUUGCUCAUGUUAUUUUUUUAUGCACCGUACGAAGUAAAUACCUAGCUACGAAGCCACUUCGUGUCAUUGAGUGGCGUUUGGAUAUGCACAGAAGUCGGUACGAGCGAAACAAGACCGCCAAGUCGAAAUUCAAGGAUCGAGUGCUCUCGUUUAUGAAUCUUUUUACUUCAUUUUCAUUAUCUGUCUCUCCGAAACGCUCGUUUCGGACAUUCGGGGGAUAUCAUGAGGUGCUGCUCUGUCCUAGCUAACAAAGGUUGGCGCCUAUUAACACCUCGCGCGUUCAUCUAUCAUAUCAUGAAGGUGUGCGUGUUUAUAUUCUCCAUUCUCUCCCCUCUUCCUUCC